AUAAGUCCUUUUCCUCCACUCAACCUGACAGCUCUCUUCUAUACGGAAGGAAUGCAAGCAUCCCGAGUCUCUCACCAGUCCCCCCUUGGCCUUCGCCUCCCCCAAAUCCCUAUCCUCCCAAAAUCUUCAUCUUCACUCUGAGAACGAAAUCCCCCAUACCCGCCGGAAUCACCCCCUUCACUCACCGGACCACAAGAUUAAUCCCCUCCGCCAUGGCCAAGAAGCGGAAAUCCAUCGCUACCAGCCUCGACGAGGUAGAUCGGACCAUGUACGCCUCCUUUUGCAGUGCGGCCAACUCUCUCUCCCAGCUUUAUACCCAGGCCAUGAACCACCAGAAGCUUUCUUUCCAAGCCGGAGAACGUCACGCCAUGGAGAAGCUUUAUCAGUGGAUGUUUAGACAACAAGAAGGUGGAUCUAGAGUGACAACAGCUGAUGUACUCAAUUACAUACGGAAUGAGUUGGAUUACUGUGGAGAAGAACCGUCGAUGUCCCCAAGAGUCGCAGUCCACCAACAACAACAGCAUGUUCAACCAACAAUGCAGUUUACAAACUCGAGCUUUCCUGCUUCAUCAGGUCUUUGUGGGCAAGCAACCACCGGACAAGGAAGUCGAACAGAGCACUCUGAUAAUCAUUCCAAAAGUUCAGUCUUCUCAAACGCACUGUCAAGCCCCAUUCGUCGGAGUUUACAACAGUAUCACAUUGCUCAGGAAGCUCACUACCCGAACAAUGGGAUGUCGGGAGAAAACGGAGCUCCUCGAAACAACGAUCCCAACUUUCUUCAGCACCAGAAUGUGGACCCUAAUUCAAUCAGCUCUAAUGACUCAUCCAUGGACAUGCAUGCCGAUAGUCCUGCACAUGACUCACGUUACUAAUUUGGAAGACUGCCAAACAGGUGCUAUGUUAUGUGAGGCAGGUGAGAACAUGCAUGAUUUCCUAGCUCUACCAAUGGCCUUUACUUUCUUUGUUGGAAAUUCUUUAGGUCUUCUAUCUGUAAAGGGUUUCUUUAUAUAGAACCUUAAAAAAAAUAACUUGAAAUUGCCAAUACCGUUGUUUUUUUACGUAUAUCAUGUUGUUUCAAACAGAGGUUUGCUCCCCUUUUUUCGAAUUCAAUACUAUCUCUGUAGAUUGGCGAA